CUGGCAGGAGUCCCGCCGUUCACUCUGAGCAUUUGUUUUUAUUCUAUUUUCCAAGAGCUUCAUGUGCAUAGAAUUAUUUUUAAAAGAGAGUAAAAAUGGUUUGGGGGAUCCCAUGCUAGUUUAUGAGUGAGGAUAACUGGGGGUCUCGGGAUGAGGCUGGAACAGAACAUUAUGUAGGGGACAUCCGCAGAUCCCCACUUCUUGAAGGAAGCAUGAAUGUUUGUCACCUACCACAAGAGCGCAGCAGCCGCACCAAGCCCCGUGCUUGGCAACAUUCCCCCCAACGAUGGGAUGCCGGGAGGCCCCAUCCCACCAGGUUUCUUUCAGGGUCCUCCGGGGUCACAGCCCUCGCCGCACGCACAGCCUCCACCUCACAAUCCCAGCAGCAUGAUGGGACCCCACAGUCAGCCUUUUAUGUCACCGCGAUAUGCAGGCGGCCCCCGGCCCCCGAUCAGAAUGGGAAACCAGCCUCCGGGAGGAGUUCCUGGGACACAGCCACUGUUGCCCAAUUCCAUGGACCCCACGCGACAACAAGGGCAUCCCAACAUGGGAGGAUCAAUGCAGAGAAUGAACCCUCCCCGAGGCAUGGGGCCCAUGGGGCCUGGCCCACAGAAUUACGGCAGCGGCAUGAGACCACCACCCAACUCCCUCGGCCCCGCCAUGCCCGGGAUUAACAUGGGCCCGGGAGCUGGCAGACCCUGGCCCAAUCCUAACAGUGCUAACUCAAUUCCAUACUCCUCCUCAUCACCCGGUACCUAUGUGGGACCCCCUGGUGGUGGCGGCCCCCCAGGAACACCUAUCAUGCCUAGUCCUGCAGAUUCAACAAAUUCCAGUGACAACAUCUACACAAUGAUUAAUCCGGUGCCACCUGGAGGCAGCCGGUCCAACUUCCCGAUGGGUCCAGGCUCGGACGGCCCGAUGGGAGGCAUGGGCGGCAUGGAGCCACACCACAUGAACGGCUCGUUAGGGUCAGGUGACAUAGAUGGACUUCCAAAAAAUUCUCCUAACAACAUAAGUGGCAUUAGCAAUCCUCCAGGCACCCCUCGAGACGACGGCGAGCUAGGAGGGAACUUCCUCCACUCCUUCCAGAAUGACAAUUAUUCUCCAAGCAUGACGAUGAGUGUGUGAUUCCCCCCUCCUCUUCUCCGAGACGCUGAGAGAGCCGGCAUUGCAGGCGGGAAGAUGCCAGAAAUUAUGCAAGAAGAAGUGAGGUGUCAUUACCCAGGAGCUGGGGGAGGGGCGUCUCUUGCUCCCCCUCAACCCCCACCUUCCCCUCCACUCCCCACCCUUCCCAAUUUUAGUUUCAUGCAAUAAAAAGGCCGAACUUUUUAUUCCAUAAAACAUGAAGGACAAAAUUCAAAAUAAAAAUAUAUUUCAAGUCAAUGACCAGAGAAAUCCCACCCCUUGCCCUUCCCCGAAAGGACCUUUUAUGUACAUGACACUUUUUUGUUGUUUUUUGUUUGGGGUUUUACCGUUGUUGGGGUUUUUUAAUUUGUUUUCAGGGGGGAUUUUUUGGGGGAAAAAUUUUUAAAAAUGGAAGCUUCUAGCAAGCCCCCCAACCCACCCCAAUCAAUCUCUUUGCUUUCUUCUUUAAAAAAAAAAAUGAAAAAAGGACAAAAAAAAACCCAAGCCCUGUUGUCCGUCUGUACCUAAGCCCUUCCACCAGGAAAACUAGUCUAGGUGCGAGGUCUCACUUGUCUUUGUAGCCAUCUAAAAAUAAUAAUUAUUAUAAUAAACUGGGCAGUUUACAAUCGGUGGUUUCUUUCAAAAGGCCUUCUUUGGAAAGAAAAAAGGAGUUACCCUUUCCACUUGGGGUUUUUGGUUUGUGCUGACAGGCAAGGGAGGGGCAGAAAACUGUUUUGUUUUUGCUUGGUUUCUCCCGGCGAGGUGGCGACAGCAGCUGCACAACUUGGACCCCAGACCCCUUUCCCCCAUUAUGUGGCCGGAGGGGCCAGACCACCGACCGCUUUCAGGAUCCCACCCCAGCGGAGAUGCGCUGUGACCCGGUGGCAUGCACUGUGUUCCCAGAACUGCUUCCUCCUCUCUCUUCUGGACCUCCCUGCCCUCCAGCCCCCUCAGCCCCCACCCCAGUCUUCCCAGCGAGAAUCCUGCCAGCGGGGUGGUGGCCUGGAGCAGAGUUGGGGAGGCCGCCCCCAACAGGAUGGCUAUGAUCUGGGACAUGGAAACUGCGACCUCCGAGUUCUCAUCCCUCACCUCGUCCCCAUCGUGUGUGCGGGCAGUGUAGGGCUGGAGUUUGGGCUUUCUUUUGUUUUUUCCUCUUGAUUCUUCCUUUUUCAAAGAUGGGAUAUUAACCAGAAUUGCUCUGUAUAUGCUUGGAACUGGAUGGAAAGACUUUGGAAUAGCUGUGAGGGGCAGGGGGACACCAACAACCAAACAGAUGUGCUGUUUCCGGUCUUGUUUUUAUUUUCAAAAACCAACAAACUCGACAGUGGAGCCUGUCCCCUCCCAGGAGGGGUGACUCAUGGCCUCCCUCACCUCACCACACCCCCAUUGAAACCUCUGUGUCUUGCCCUGAAGACACCUGAAUUCUUUGUACAUUUACACCCUCCUCCCCGCUCCCCUGUAGCUGGUCUUUGUUUUCUUCCCUUCCUUCUGAUCCAUGUAUAUCAUAUUAUGUGAGAUAUCAUCUGCCUGAAAAAAGACCUUGUGCGGAUUAUUGGGAACAUUGUAGCUGUUUCUGUGUUUUUUCUUACCUUGUAGUCUGGUUCUGAAUUAAGAGAGGAAAAAAAAAGUAAUUAUGAUACAUUGUAGUUUGUGUACGAUAUAUGUUGAUAACGUUUUAUUAAAGGGACAUCUUUUUUCCGCA